AAUGCCUGAGAAAUGAUUACUCAAAUUGAAAAUGGAAGAUCACUUUGCUCUCCUCACUAGCUGCUCAAUUCUCCCAAAGGUGAGCUCCAAAACCUUUAAAAAUGGCAAUCAUCAGCAGCUCCCUGUUCAGCUCCAUUGAACGUCCGCCUCUCAAACGCCAAUUCCCAUUCUUCCCGUUCCCAUCUCACGCACACAAACUCAAGCCUCACUGUGGUGUGUACUUUCCCUUUAAUCUCAAAAAACCGGUAAAUUUGUUUAAUUGUAGACCGCAUCGAUGGCAUCCAAUAAAAUCCUGUGUUUCGAAUCAAGAAAUCGACAUGGUGAGAACCAAAGAGGGAGUAUACGCAGCAAAGGCGAAGAAAGUGGUGGUUUUAUGGGAUUUGGAUAACAAGCCGCCGCGUGGGCCGCCGUACGAGGCAGCCCUGGCGCUCAAAUUGAUGGCCCAGAAAUUCGGGGAUGUGAUUGAUAUGUCGGCUUACGCAAAUCGCCACGCUUUCAUACACGUCCCCCAGUGGGUUGUGGAAGAACGCCGCGAAAGACGCCAUCUUGAUUUUCUCGAGCGCAAGGGGCAAUCGACGGCUUCUGAGCCGUACGUUUGCUCCGUGUGCGGGAGGAAAUGUAAGACCAAUAUGGAUUUGAAGAAGCAUUUCCGACAGUUGCACGAGAGGGAGAGGCAGAAGAAGUUGAACAGAAUGAGGAGCCUCAAGGGCAAGAAGCGGCAGCGGUUUAAGGAGAGAUUUAUAGAUGGGAAUGAGAAGUACAAUGAGGCAGCACGCAGUUUGUUGACCCCGAAAAUCGGGUAUGGGUUGGCGCAGGAGCUGAGGCGGGCUGGGGUGUACGUUAAGACGGUGCAGGAUAAGCCCCAGGCUGCGGAUUGGGCGCUGAAGCGGCAAAUGCUGCAUUCUAUGAGCAGGGGUGUUGAUUGGAUUGUGUUAGUCUCGGAUGAUUCUGAUUUUUCUGAGAUGUUAAGGAAGGCGAGGGAGGCUAAUUUGGGGACGGUGGUAGUCGGAGAUCGGGAUAGAGCAUUGGGGAGGCAUGCCGAUGUUUGGGUGCCAUGGAUUAGGGUGCAGAAUGGAGAGAUUAAAGAGAGUGAUUUGGAGUUGACAAGUAAAGAAUGGAGGGAGUUGGAUGAGAGAAGAAGUGGGAGGUUUUCAGUUAGUGAGUUUGAUGGGGAAUUGGCAUAUACAGAGCAGAGUUUGGAUGAACUUGUGGGAAAUAUAGAGUUUAAUGGCUUGAGAAUUUCUUCAUUUUCGGAAGGGGAGGAAGAAUAUGAAAAGGAGGCUGAUUGGAUAAGAGCACGGUUAGAUCAAAGGAAUAAUGAUGAUGUUCCUCUUAGGGGGGAUAGCAGUGAGGAUGAGGAGGGCGAUUAUUUCUUGGAUAGCGAAGAUGAGGAAUUGCAAGAAGAAAAUGAUGUAUACUUUUGAUACAGUUAGAGGUUUGCAGACCUGGUGUGAACAAUUGUAUUGGAUAGUACGGGGUUGUGUGCUUGGUUUUGGAAAGUAUGCUUGUCCAAGUAGAGGCAAACAGCAUGAAGAUUGUUACUGGCAUUAAAAUGUUCAUUCUCUGUAUCAUGGAUUCUUGGUUUCUGUUGGAAAUUAUUUAAGAUGUUCAAACAAACUUUCUGAAUAUUGUUUGAAUGUGAAGGCUGGAAAUGUUUUCUGAGAAUUGAUGGUUCAGAAUCCUGAUGCUCAACCUCAUUCCCCCAUUUUUGCGGAACUUGCCUAUUGGGAAUGACUGCAACUUGUGAUGAAUAUUUUCUUGGGAGUCAGCUCUCACCAUGCCUAAACCAUGGGCCGGGACUAGCCCCCUGAUACAGGAAGCAGAUGAAGUGUUGUAUGGGGGUGAAGAAGAUCCGUACUAUUUCCUUUGGUUCUCUCCUAGGUUCAAGUCCUUGGACUGACAUGGCCUUGUCCAGGAAUUGCACUUGAUAAGUGCAAAUAUAAGUCCUGAUAUCAUGUUUGUAAAUAUUGGGAAAGCUUCCUCUCAAGUCCAAUGAUCAGAAUCUGGAAAACUGGGUCUCACUUUGGCAAUCUCUUCCGAAUGAGAACAACAGCGUCACGUUCUGAUGGUGGUACUGCAUCUAGAUUGAUUUCCAUUUUGGUGAUAGUUUGAAAUAAUUCACUAAGUGGUGAAGACACCCAACAGCAGAGAUGGUAAUAGCAUCCUAUUAGAGAUUGUUUCUCUAACCAUACUAAGCUUUAUAAAUAGGAAAUUUAUGGGUACAGAAUGCAUCUAGUCUAGUGAGAUUUUUUAUAAAUAUUCUAAUGGCUUUGCACAGGAACCUUGAAAGGGAACAAUAUGCUAGGAGAGUAGUUUUACACUUGGUGAGCAUCUGGUCAUGAAACAUCUUCACAUACUGUAGUGUUAUUGCCUUACUGGAGACCUGUGAUGAGUCCAUAAUGGUUUUUCACGGGGUCAAUCUUCAAUUACUUAAUCUGCCCUUCAAUCCUUUAUAGGUUUGACAUUUAGUUGAUUUUCUAUUAUAUACCAAUGAUGAAUGCGAACAAUUACCGGUACCAGUAAUCCGAACAUAAUUGGUUCAGUAUCAUCCCUUUUUUGAAUUGCUGGAUGGACACAAUUACAAUUACACCACUUACAGUUGCAUGCCGUUGGGAGGUAUUUCAGUGAAAGGAGCUACAACAUGCACAAUUUGAUGCCCCCAAAUUUCCAUCAGAGAUUAAUGUAGCACCUAGUUCCACAUCAGUUGGAACUAUAGUGUCUCCAGCUUAUAAGGCUUUGCUUAGCUCCUACAAAGAUUUAAGUAUUUUGGCGCUGUUGUCUAGUGCUAGAAAAUGUUGAAAAGGCCAGAGGCAGAUCUUAUCUUGUUGCAGUGCUUGCUAACGCAUCCAUGUCUACACAGUGAACAGCGGUAAAAAGUGAAGGAAAUCAGCAAUUAUUUUCUUUGCUCAUGUUCAAGGUGAUAGUACAUUCAUUUUCUGUUUCUCCUACAGUAUAAUCACCUCAUUUCCUUGUGCAAGCCCCCUUAAAUAUUUAUCACUAAACUCAACCACACUGUUAACAAAGUUUUCUCCUAUAUUUGAAGAAACAUUUUGGAAAUUCCAUGUCAAACUUUAUAACUGUAUUGAUACUUAUUGGGACAUGAAAUAUUGGAAAGUCCAAAUGAAAACUCUUAUCAUUUCGGAAGACCUUAAUUCAGAUCAAGUUUUCCCUAUCAACUGAUGUGA